AUGGAAGCACCGAACCCUUCUUCCACCCCGGUUCGCUUCCUCCUCCGCGCCUCUCCUCCUCCUUCCACCGCCGCCGCCGCCGCCCAGCCGCCGUCGAACCCUCCCCCAACCCCGCCCAUUUCCUCCCCUUCUCAUGGCGUCGUUGUUGUCGGCUUCCUCGGCUCCCCCGACCCCGCACACCUCAUCAACCGCAUCAUCGACGCCAAUGUCUUCGGUUCCGGAAACCUUGCCAAGGACCUCCCUGAGAUCGCUUCCAGAAAGAGCUGGUUUGAGCGCCGGAGGAUCAGGUAUCAUCAUGACGAGGAGAAAGGCUUGGUCUUCCUGCACCUUUCUAGCUCAUCGCCGUUGCCUGAUUCGUCUCGAUUUGAUGGUGGAAAUGGUGAUGGGUUUGCUUCGGUUUUAGAGGAAAACGAGGCUGAUGAUCUCCGAGAGAUGCUCAUGAUGUUCUUGGUUUGUCAUGUGGUGGUGUUUCUUCGUGAGGGUAUUAGAUUUGAUACCAAUAUAUUGAAGAAACUUCGGAUGCUGCAAGCUGCGAAGCAUGCACUUGGGCCAUAUUUGAGGUCCCAAGUUUUCCCAAAUCUUCCAACUAGAACACCUUUGUCCUCAACACAACCAAUUAUUACUAAUAUGCCUUCUGUUUCUCCGCCCUCUAGACGUGUUGGGGCCUCAAGCCGCCAUGCUUCAUCUAUCUCCCUCAUGUCGGGUUCUGGUUCAUACCCAUCUGUGUUGCCGGGCCAAUGCAUUCCCGUUGUUCUUUUUGUUUUCAAUGAUGACUUCUCAGAAAGCUCAGGAUCAGUUACUAAUGGGGAGGAGCCAGCUGAUGCUUCAUUGCUAAAUCAGUCCUUGAAUGUUGGUGGAAUUCCAAAGCUAGGAAUGACCUUGAAAGGCUCUGGCUCUGUGCUGAUGCUCGCACGACCUGUUAAUAAAUCAGAAGGUGGGUUCAGAAAGAAGCUGCAUUCAUCUUUAGAGACUCAAAUUCGGGUUUUGAUUAAGAAAUGUCGUACAUUAGUUGGUGGAGAUUCUGCUCAUCUUGGUGUAAGAGGGGCUGCUAACCUGAGCUCACUCCCAUUAUUUGCACUGGAUGCAUCAAGGGUUGUUGCAUUAUUUGACCGUUCAGCUAGCCAGAGAGGUGAACCCUUGGAUUUUGUGACAAGUUUUGUUGAGGAGGCUUUAGAUUCUAAGACAGCACUUGAUAUGGUUAUGCUUGAAAAACAUUGCCAGAAUGUGGCUCAUGAGGAUAUUCAAGUGAUAAAGGAUUUUGUACAAAGGCAGUCUGAUGCAUUAAGAGGGAGAGGUGGGUUGCCAAGUAAUGCAAAUAGUGGGUCUGUUGCUGGUGUUGGUAUAGCAGCUGCAGCUGCUGCUGCAGCAGCAGCAUCAGCUGCUUCUGGAAAGACGGUUAGCGCUCCCGAACUCCCAAGUUUGGAGAAUUGGUUGUCUUCAGCUAGUUCCAUUCUUGAUGCAUUGCUCUCUGUGAAGCAUGGCUUUGUUGAUGAAAACAUAGGAGCAUCUCAUCAGAGAUUUGCCAGUGAAACACAGGAUGAGAAAUCAGGAUAUAGAGCCAUUGAAGCAGCUACGUCUUUGCUGGAAAGUAGCAAGGGCUUGAACAUGAGGUUUUCUGUAUCAUGGUGCCAGAAAGCUCUCCCAGCUGCAAAGGAUGUUUAUCUGAAGGAUUUGCCUGCUUGUUAUCCUACUGCUUUGCAUAAGACUCGGUUGGAGAAGGCUUUGAAUGCCUUUCACUCAAUGGUUAAAGGACCAGCCAGGGAAAUGUUUGCAGAGAAGUUGGUAAAUGAAUGCACAUCAUUAUGGGAAUCUGGCAGGCAACUCUGUGACGCUGUUAGCUUGACAGGAAAACCGUGCAUACACCAAAGGCAUAACACUGAACUAGGCAACUCACCUUUGGCAGCUGUUGUUAAACAACACUCCAGUGGGUUUGUUUUCCUUCAUGCAUGUGCCUGUGGCCGCUCGAGGCUUAUGCGAGAUGAUCCUUUUGAUUUUGAAAGUGCAAAUGUUUCAUUUAACUGCUUUGCCAAUUGUGAAGAUGUUCUUCCAACCCUCGUACUUCCAAAAGGAACCAGUACAAGUCCUCUUCCAAGAAAUUCAUGGCGUUUAGUGCGCCUUGGUGGAGCAAAAUAUUACAAACCCGCCAAGGGCUUACUGCAAGUUGGUUUUUGUUCAACAGAGAAGUUUCUGCUCAAAUGGACCAUAUCGUUUGUGAAACAGAGUGCUAUGACCAGCUCUUCCGUUGUUGACAUAAACACAACUGUUUUACAAAAUUCAACUUCAGAUACCAAGACGGGGACUCAUCUGAAUAAGGAAUCUAAAAACUUUGGUUCUGGUCAUAUGGCAAAAUAUCAGCCCAGUGGCAGUGGGCCAGAAAAUCAGAAGUCAACAGAUGUGGUAUCCCAUGAUAACUCAGUUAUCAAAUUUGGUAAAGGGCUCCCAACGUUCAGUAUCAAGAAGCCAUUUGCUGAGGUUGUUGCUGGUACUAAUGCCAUUAAUUUAACCCUCCCUGUUCUUCAGCAAAGAAAACAACCUAAAGCCAGUUCUGAGAAAGGUGUGAUACAAAAAAGCACGGGUGAUCAACCUGAUAACCAGGCUCGAAUUGUAGAUGAUCGACAAGGAUCUCAGAGGGCUGAUCCUAAAAUUGGGCAGGAAAGCAUAGAGAGGAUUGGAACCAACAGCAAUAUGAAUGGUGAUCCAUUUUUACAGAUUGGUAGCAACAUAGUGCCAGUAAACCUCUCUGCUGGCAUGAAAAUAAAACCAAAUGAUUAUUUGAAGCAAGUUAUUGUGUACAUUGGGUGGGAGCAUGAAUGUUCCCAUGGACACCGUUUUUUAUUGUCUCCAAAGCAUCUUAAUGAGUUAGAGACUCAACAUGAUACUUCUGAGAAGUCGCAUUCUUCAACAGAAGAUUCUGAAAGGAAUUUUAUCAAAUCUAAGAACAUGUCAACCGAGGAAGUGUUCCCAAAUUUAUCUGGAAUUGAUGGUGUAAACAUUGUGAGGACAGCCAAUAAAUCUAUUGAGCCCACUGUGAAUUACAGCCAACAACGUGACACAUCUGCUGACACUUUGGAAGACAAUGAAGGAGAUAUUUUGCAUGUCAGACAUGAUGAUGGUCAGGCUGCCUACUCUUUGCUUAACCAAAACUUGCCGAUAUACAUGAACUGCCCCCAUUGCAGGAAUUCCAAUGAAGAUUGCUCUCAAAAGACUAAGUUCACUAGUACUCUAUCGCAGCUUCAGCGGAUAUUUGUGGUGACACCUGCAUUCCCGACUGUCUUAGCAAUAUCUCCAGUUAUUCAAUUUCGGGACUCUUGCCUGCCUGCAUCUAUCACAGACCGUGAGCAACAUUCACAGUUUAGUCUUGGUUGUCAAGUUAUCUUACCACCUGAGAGUUUCCUUACUUUAAGACUACCAUUUAUUUAUGGUGUUCGAAUGGGUGAUGGAAAUCUUCAUCCCCUUAAACCCUUGGAGAAUCAACCAGAGCUCAGUGCCUGGCUUAUGAAAGGGACUACACUGCAGGUUGUCUCAAAGGCACAUGUAUCUGAUGAAGUUCAUGAGUAGUGAAUCAAUAAAUACUCCAUGAAAAGUUCAACUUGUUUCUUCUCUGUGAAAUAAAUCCUCAAAUCUGCAAGACACCAUUGGCCCCCCAUGUCUUUACUGAAGGCUUGGCAAGUGGACUUAAACAACACAAAUUUUGGCUACAUGAUCUGUGGAGAAGUAAUUUGGAAGAUCAGAACAGUAAUAUUUAUCAUCAGCAUAUGAUUGUACAAACUUGAAACUCAGAACUGUUCAUUAAUCUCAUCAGGUUGUGCUUCAGUUGGAUGAACAAACACCAAUCUACAUGUACUUUGAAUAGGAACUGAGAUCUCUUAUCAUUCCCACAAGGAAGAAGCAAAUAAAACCUCUCUUUUUUGUUUCACUUGUAGUAAUCCAAAACUUAUAAAUUGUGACCAUUAAUUAAAUGAGUUAAUGUGAAAGCAUGUGAUUGUAAAAUUUUAAUUUUUGCCUCUAUUUAUUUUUUUGUUACAAUCCCAAUAAUGGGAUGGAAUUGGACCCCAUUGUGACAUGACAUUUAAUGAUAGAUUUACUAAAUAAAUAAAUGGAUUCAUUGUGUGGUA